CAACAAUAGUUAUCUACCCUAGCUCAAAAAGAGUUAUCUUAUUCUCAUUCUCUCUCUCUCUGCCGCAGCUAUCAAUUUACUGGAGAAGAGAUGGUGGGAUCAGAGGUUUUGGAGGAAUGUGGAGAAAAAAUAAGCAAGAAAGAGUCAAAGAAGCGAGCCGCUAAACUGGAGAAGUUGCUCCGUAAACAGGAACGAGAAGAAGCCACAUCAUCAUCUCUUUCUCUGGAGGAGGAGGAUGAAUCGUGUUCCAGCAACUACGGUGACGUGACUACUAACGAGUUGCAGUCGGCUGUUGAGGGAAAAGAGCUCACUGAUGUGAGCAACUUGGUUGAAGAGAUUGUGGGGUCAGAGGUUUCGAUCAGAGGUCGACUGCACAAGAAUCGCUUAGUCGGUACCAAAUUGUUUGUGAUCUUGAGGGAAAGUGGAUUCACGGUUCAAUGCGUGGUGGAGGAGACCAGAGUUGGUGCAAACAUGAUUAAAUUUGUCAAGCAGCUGAGUCGUGAAUCUGUUGUUGAGCUUAUCGGUGUCGUCUCUCACCCUAAGAAGCCUCUCACAGGAACCACCCAGCAGGUUGAAAUACAUGUCAGAAAAAUGUACUGCCUCAGCAGAUCCUUGCCAAAUUUACCACUUGUUGUGGAGGAUGCUGCUCGUAGUGAAUCAGAUAUUGAAAAAUCUGGCAAGGAUGGCAAACAAGCUGCUCGUGUCCUUCAGGACACACGUUUGAAUAAUAGGGUUCUUGACAUCAGAACACCGGCUAAUCAAGCCAUCUUCCGUAUUCAGUGCCAAGUCCAAAUUGCGUUCAGAGAAUACUUACAAUCCAAGGGGUUUCUUGAAAUCCACACACCGAAAUUGAUCGCUGGCAGUAGUGAAGGAGGUUCUGCUGUGUUUAGGUUGGACUACAAAGGGCAGCCUGCUUGUCUGGCUCAGUCUCCUCAGCUUCAUAAGCAGAUGGCGAUAUGUGGUGACAUGCGACGCGUCUUUGAGGUUGGUCCUGUUUUCAGAGCUGAAGACUCCUUCACUCAUAGACACCUGUGUGAAUUCGUUGGUCUUGAUGUGGAGAUGGAGAUUCGAAUGCACUACUCUGAGAUAAUGGAUCUUGUGGGGGAGUUGUUUCCGUUCAUAUUCACAAAAAUAGAAGAAAGGUGCCCAAAGGAACUUGAAUCUGUCAGAAAGCAAUACCCUUUUCAAUCUUUGAAGUUUCUUCCGCAAACAUUGAGGCUAACCUUUGCAGAAGGGAUUCAAAUGCUUAAGGAAGCUGGCGAGGAGGUUGAUCCUCUUGGUGAUCUAAAUACAGAAUCUGAGAGGAAACUUGGCCAGCUUGUUCUGGAAAAGUACAAGACGGAGUUCUACAUGCUGCAUCGCUAUCCAUCGGCUGUCAGACCGUUCUACACUAUGCCCUAUGAAAAUGAUUCUAACUACAGCAACUCUUUCGAUGUCUUCAUCAGAGGAGAGGAGAUCAUGUCAGGAGCUCAACGUAUCCAUGACCCAGAACUCUUGGAGAAGCGCGCAAGAGAAUGCGGCAUUGAUGUCAAGACAAUAUCCACGUACAUUGAUGCAUUCAGGUACGGUGCACCACCUCACGGUGGAUUCGGAGUGGGGCUGGAGCGUGUGGUAAUGCUCUUAUGUGCCCUCAAUAACAUCCGCAAAACUUCGCUAUUCCCUCGUGACUCUCAAAGGCUCACUCCCUAAUAUCAUUGCUCUUCCCUGGCGACUCUCAAAGGCUCGCUCCCUUAAUAUCUAUCUUUGAUAAUUGUCCCCGCUCCCGAUUUCUAAGUUAUUUUUUUGGUGCAGUUCGUUAGGUGUUUAGUUAUCUUUAAACUAUGUAUGUGUUGUAACCUUUAAAUUAUUAAGGAGCAGUACUAUUUGGGCUUUUUCGGGAAUAAUAUUUUGUCGGGCCACAAGAUUUUCACGUAAAUUAGUUUAUGGCCUUUAAUUGGAUA